GCUCCAUUCGCGUGUUGGUGUUGUCAUUUCAUCAUCUGCCAAUAUAAUAAAAAAGUUAUGCUCGCGUGUGAUGAUAUUUAAAGAUUUAAAUAGUAUAAUGUUGUUUUCCGGCCGCCUAGAAAGAUUAAAUCAACUCUAGUUUAAAUUUAAACCAUUGUUUCCCUAAAUGAAAGUUAUGUUGCGCGAUUUGUUAAGGUUUUCGGCACGGCAUGAAAGUACUCGGUCUUUGCGCUAGUAUUAACUCUAGCCAGCAAUUCAAGUGAUUGUACAUUGAUAGAUGUUGCAAUGAUCGUGUUAAAAUCGGUUUACGUACGCUUCGUAAGCAUCAUCAUUCUCGCAUCGAUCGGGGUCACUAUCAUGAUCUCCAGUCUUCCAAUAUCUUCCGAUACCUGUCGUUGUGAAGCCCCCGUUGAACAUGACAAACAGCACGAACGGUUCCAGAGCAGUUUCCAGGAGGUGUCUACAUCAGAUAAACCUAAGCUAGCGAUUUUGGUACCGUUUCGUGAUCGAUUCGAUGAGCUCCUCCGCUUUGCACCGCACAUAUCAGCGUUUCUGAAUCGCCAACAGAUUUCUUUCCACAUAUUCGUUCUGAACCAGAAUGAUCGUUUCCGGUUCAACCGGGCCUCGCUUAUCAAUGUAGGUUUUCUGCACGUGAAACAUCGUUACGAUUACAUUGCAAUGCAUGACGUUGACUUGCUGCCAAUGAACGAUAAUCUUAAGUACAAAUAUCCAGCCGAAGGACCGCUGCACAUAUCCGGACCGGAGUUUCAUCCCAAAUAUCAUUACCCCACCUUUAUCGGAGGUAUUUUACUGUUGAAAGUGGAGCACUACCAAUCUUUGAACGGCAUGUCUAACCGAUACUGGGGUUGGGGUUUGGAAGACGACGAAUUCUACGUGCGAAUAAAGGAAGCCGGAUUAGAGGUAUUUCGACCUCAAAAUAUCACCACUGGCCCACAAAAUACUUUUCUGCAUGUUCAUGAUCGUUUGCAUCGACGGCGCGACACGACCAAGUGCUACAAUCAGCGCGACGUGACACGACGAAGGGAUCGUGAAACUGGACUGAACACCCUUCGCUACAGCAUAGCUAAACGACACGAACUCACCGUCGAUCAGGUUCCGGUGACUGUGUUGAACAUCGACCUGGAAUGCGAUAGAUCUCAAACACCGUGGUGCGAAUGCGACGGUAAAAACGACGGCAAAACUCGACAAGAAAGUAAGAAACAGGUGUGACUCCGUGAAUUUCAGCUUUAAGCAAGUAUUCAGUUUAAAAUAAUCGAUGAAAUUACAACCGUUGCCAUAGCCUUGCAUGAUGAUUACCUAUACGGGAUACGUUUUAUUAUACUCAAAUUUCGAUCCUAACAAUGCAAUAAAACACUGUUCUACGCAUAUA